CCGGCAGUCUUUUCCGGCCCCCGCGCCCCCGCCGCGCGUAGCGGACCCCACAGCUUGCGGGGAUCCACCCCCGGCGGCUGCGUCCCGUGGGUGGUGAGUGAGAACCCCGCUGCGACUAACCAAGGGGCCACUGAACUCAUUUGUGGCUUCCUUUGCCUGGGCUCAGCCAUGGCCAGCGAGAACUCACCUCUGCUGGCCUACAGGCUCCUGGGGGAUGAGGGGUCUGCCUUCCCUGCCUCUGGAGUUGGAGGUCCUGGAGGGCCGUCCCCCCGGAAGCUCUCCACCUUCCUGGGUGUCGUGGUGCCCACUGUCCUGUCCAUGUUCGGUAUAGUUGUCUUCCUGAGGAUUGGGUUCGUGGUGGGCCACGCUGGGCUGCUGCAAGCCUUGGCCAUGCUCCUGGUUGCCUACUUCAUCCUGGCCCUCACUGUCCUCUCUGUCUGUGCCAUCGCUACCAAUGGAGCCGUGCGAGGGGGUGGAGCCUACUUCAUGAUCAGCAGGACUCUGGGGCCCGAGGUUGGGGGCAGCAUUGGCCUCAUGUUCUACCUGGCCAAUGUCUGCGGCUGUGCUGUCUCCCUGCUGGGACUGGUGGAGUCAGUGCUUGACGUCUUUGGGGCAGAUGCCACAGGGCCCAGUGGGAUCCGGGUCCUGCCCCAGGGUUACGGCUGGAAUCUGCUCUAUGGCUCCCUGCUCCUGGGCCUUGUGGGUGGUGUGUGCACAUUGGGAGCUGGCCUCUAUGCCCGCGCCUCCUUCCUGACAUUCCUGCUGGUCUCUGGUUCUCUGGCCUCAGUGCUGGUCAGCUUUGUGGCGGUGGGCCCAAAGGACAUCCACUUAACUCCUCGGCCUGGUACCAAUGGCUCCUCGCUGCCACCCCGGUUCGGCCACUUCACUGGCUUCAAUAGCAGCACCCUGAAAGACAACUUGGGCGCUGGCUAUGCCGAGGACUACACCACAGGGGCCAUGAUGAAUUUUGCCAGCGUCUUUGCUGUCCUUUUUAAUGGCUGCACAGGCAUUAUGGCUGGGGCCAAUAUGUCAGGGGAGCUAAAGGACCCCAGCCGCGCAAUUCCUCUGGGCACAAUCAUCGCUGUUGUCUACACCUUCUUUAUCUACAUCCUGCUUUUCUUCCUCUCYAGCUUCACCUGUGACAGGACCCUAUUGCAGGAAGACUAUGGGUUCUUUCGAGCCAUCAGCCUGUGGCCUCCRCUGGUGUUGAUUGGCAUCUAUGCCACGUCACUGUCAGCCUCCAUGAGCUCACUCAUCGGUGCCUCCCGCAUCCUGCAUGCCCUGGCCCAGGAUGACCUCUUUGGAGUGAUCUUGGCUCCAGCCAAGGUUGUGUCCGGAGGGGGGAACCCCUGGGGUGCUGUCCUGUAUUCUUGGGGGUUAGUACAGCUGGUGCUUCUGGUAGGGAAGCUGAACACCUUGGCUGCCGUGGUGACUGUCUUCUACUUGGUAGCCUAUGCUGCAGUGGACCUGUCCUGCCUGAGCCUGGAGUGGGCCUCUGCCCCCAACUUCCGCCCCACCUUCAGCCUCUUCUCCUGGCACACCUGCCUCCUGGGGGUGGCCUCCUGCCUGCUCAUGAUGUUCCUCAUCAGCCCUGGGGCUGCCGGCGGCUCCCUGCUUCUCAUGGGCCUGCUCUCUGCCCUGCUCACGGCACGAGGAGGCCCCAGCAGCUGGGGCUACGUCAGCCAGGCCUUGCUCUUCCACCAGGUGCGGAAGUACCUGCUGCGCCUGGACGUCCGGAAGGAGCAUGUGAAAUUCUGGCGGCCCCAACUGCUGCUCCUGGUGGGGAACCCCCGGGGUGCCCUGCCUCUGCUGAGGUUGGCCAACCAGCUCAAGAAGGGAGGGCUCUAUGUGCUGGGCCAUGUCAUCCUGGGAGAUCUUGAUUCCCUGCCUUCAGACCCUGUACAGCCACAAUACGGGGCAUGGUUGAGCCUGGUGGACCAGGCCCAAGUGAAGGCCUUCGUGGACCUCACCCUGGCAUCCUCUGUGCGCCAGGGGGCUCAGCAUUUGCUGCGAAUCUCGGGCCUUGGCGGCAUGAAGCCCAACACGUUGGUCCUAGGUUUCUAUGAUGAUGCUCCCCCACAGGACCAUUUCCUCACAGACCCAGCAUUCUCUGAGCCUGCGGAUGGCACCAGGGAGGGUGGGUCUCCUGCCCUGAGCACCCUGUUCCCCCCACCCCGGGCUCCUGGGAGCCCCCGGGCUCUCAGCCCCCAGGACUAUGUGGCCACCAUGGCAGAUGCCCUCAAGAUGAACAAGAAUGUGGUUCUGGCCCGGGCCUGUGGGGCCUUGCCCCCAGAGCGGCUGAGCCGGGGGUCCUGGAGCACCGCUCAGCUUCAUCAUGUGGACGUGUGGCCCCUCAACCUGCUGCGGCCCCGGGGUGGGCCUGGCUAUGUGGAUGUGUGUGGCCUCUUCCUGCUGCAGAUGGCGACCAUCUUAGGAAUGGUGCCUGCCUGGCACAGUGCCCGGCUCCGGAUCUUCCUGUGCUUGGGGCCUCAGGAGGCCCCUGGGGCGGCUGAGGGGCGACUCCGGGCACUGCUGAGCCAACUGAGGAUCCGGGCUGAGGUGCAGGAGGUGGUGUGGGGUGAGGGUGCUGGGGCUGGGUCGCCAGAGGAGGAGGAGGAAGGGGACUUUGUGAACGGUGGGCGGGGUGAAGCUGAAGCCGAGGCCCUGGCCUGUAGCGCCAACACCCUGGUGCGGGCCCAGCAGGGUCAAGGCUCUGGAGGAGGGCCUGGGGGGCCUGAGGGUGGGGACCAAGGUCCUGCCACAGCCCUUACCUUCCUGUACCUGCCUCGGCCGCCUGCUGAUCCUGCCCGAUACCCCCGCUACCUGGCACUGCUGGAGAUACUGAGUCGCGACCUGGGCCCCACGCUGCUCAUUCAUGGUGUCACCCCUGUCACCUGCACUGACCUCUGAGGCUCUAGGUGGCUAGUGAAAGCCCUUGCUCAUCCUGAUUAACGGACGAUCCGCCUCCCACUGGCCGGGACCUUGGGUCAUAGAACCUAGCAGAUGUUUUAAGCAGAUGCUGAGUUCUGGAUGGCCCAGUGUUCUUUGAGAGAGGGACCUAGUGCACUAAUGCUGGGUAGCUGUCCCCACUGAGCAGGGGUCAGCAUCUGCAGCCCUUCUCCCCAGCUGGGCUUCUCCCUUCACUGGUGCCUUGACGGGAGGGGCUGGUCUCCUCUGCGACUCUAGGCUACCUCAGUGUCCCCAUCCUCGUGACAGACACACUGGCCCCUGGGGUGGUGAUGUUCUAGUUCUGUUUUAUUUUUCUAACUCUGCUGACCAUGAAUAAAAGACCGAAACACUAA